AGUUUCGGUAGCGCUUUUUCUGGCGUUACACCAUCCAGAACUCGCUAUCACGUGUUCCAACGGUUAUUUUGUUAAGCUUGGCACAAGAUCAUUUUUUGUAAAUGAUGGCGAACCUACACAUAGCGACGUGCCAGGCCCCAGUGAACAUUGCCGUUGUGAAGUACUGGGGGAAAAGGGACGAAAAGCUAAUGCUGCCCGUUAAUGAUUCUAUUAGCGUGACCCUUAGUACCGAUGAUCUGUGCACGACAACGUCUAUUGCUGCGUCACAGUUAUUCAAAGAGGACAAACUUGUGCUCAACGGGAAGGUAGAACCCACCAAUAGUCCCCGCAUCCAAAAUUGCUUAAAGUCUAUUCAGGAAGCUGCAAGGAACUCCGGAAAAUCUCCCGUUGACCCCUCUUGGAGGCUGCAAAUCUGCUCGAAGAAUAACUUUCCAACCUCAGCAGGUUUAGCCAGCUCGGCUGCAGGUUAUGCUUGCCUGGUAGCAACAUUACAGGCACUUUAUAAGCUCGAAGGUAACUUCUCAUCAGUUGCUCGAAAAGGAUCUGGCUCUGCCUGUAGAAGCAUGUUUGGAGGAUUUGUACGAUGGAGGAAAGGAGAUAAAUCUGACGGAAGUGAUUCCGUAGCUAUUCAGAUAGCUCCAGCUUCCCAUUGGCCUGAAAUUCGUGUUAUCAUCUGCGUGGCAAAUGACGCCAGAAAAGAUACGGGAUCUACUAGUGGAAUGCAAAGGUCUGUCGAGACAUCCGACCUGCUCAGAUACAGAGCUGAGGCAAUUGUUCCGAGACGUUGUGAUGCUAUGGAAAUGGCAAUCUUGACUCGAGACUUCGAGUCAUUUGCCCGCCUCACGAUGAUGGACUCGAAUCAAUUGCACGCAGUUUGUCAAGACACUUAUCCACCAAUUCGUUACAUGAACCAGAUAUCGUGGGAUAUAGUCUCACUGGUACACCGAUACAACGAAUUGGUUGGUGCUAAUAAACUGGCAUACACGUUCGACGCUGGACCGAACGCAUUUUUAUUUUGUCUUGACGAUGACAUCCCUGAAGUAUUACAAAUAUUAAAACAAGCAUUCCCAUCCAACGAAUCGGAUUAUAUCAAGGGGAUUUACACAACCGCGACGGCCAAAACAACACCGAGAUCCGAUGAGCUAGCAAAACGGGUAGAGCCAGCGCCAGCUGAAUCGUUGAAAUAUAUGAUCACUACGAAGAUUGGUAACGGACCUCAUGAAAUCCAGCAGCACCUUUGUGAUAGCAAAGGAAACACGAUUCCGUAACGAUGUCCUACUUUCCGUCACUUGUUUAGUCUGGUUUUUCUGAAUAUAUUCCAUUUUGGACAAAACUAACAAUAAACAUAAUCAGCGGAUGCUUUUGACAUGGACAUAAGUAAAAAUGGAGGUCCGUAA